AUGAACAAUGCAUACAUUCCCGAAAUAGAGAUAGAGGACAGCUCCAAAACGGAGGAAAACGCCAACACAGCAUUCAGACUACCUAAAUUGGACGCACAAUCCGAUGCAUUCGAUGAUGUGACCGAGCCCCCUGACUAUCCCGGUGGAUUCCGUCCGGAUGGGUAUGCAGAUCUAGUGGCACAGCCAAUGAAUGCUCACUUCAUGUGGGACACCUUUCGAAACAGGCCUCGAGUCACGAUGAGACAAGACAUAGGCUACGAUGUCGGCCAACAAUCUAAGUUCAGAGUCAUGUUUUACAGAGGACUUGCUCAAGACAACGAAGAAGAUGAAGGUUCUAACAAAAGAUAUGUGUUCAUCCAAAGCGGUGCAAAUUUGGUCCAAUCCGACUUUUUCAAUACAUUCAUACCUUACCAAGACCUCGCCGCUAGAUUAGGUCCGGGUCGAGUCGAUUUGUACCACAUGGAUCUUGACCAAGUUCUAUAUGGUGUCCUCCCGUUCCACGUCUGGUCGUCUUCUGGAACAUUAAAGGAAUUUGUUCCAAAGAAGUCUAAUUUCGAGGCUUCCCUCGAGCUCUCGAAUCCCCCUUACGGCUAUGAUGACCGAAUGUUUCGGAUGUACUACGGAAAGUGA